UCCCGUGUCCUCGUCCCCGCUCCAGCCUGCCUUGGUUGGCCGCCCCGCUCGCUAAUCCCACCGGUCAUUGGGCGGUUACUGGCUGAUUAAGUUGGCGGCGAGGUCGGGGGGCGCGAUGGCGUCGGAGCCGGUGGCGCGGGCGGUGGCGGAGGAGGUGGUGCGGUGGGGGAGCAUGAAGCCGACGGGGGUCAGCCUGCGCUACAUGAUGGAGUUCGGCUCGAGCCCCACCCAGCGCAACCUGCUCCUCUCCGCGCAGUUCCUGCACAAGGAGCUCCCCAUCCGCAUCGCGCGCCGCGCGCUCGAGCUCGACUCGCUGCCCUUCGGGCUCUCCAACAAGCCCGCCAUCCUCAAGAUGCAUUUGUUGGAGGAACAACAGCUCGUAUUGUUGGAUAAGAAUGAAUCUUUAAAUUCAGCAAAGAAUGUGAGGGAUUGGUACUUGGACUCGUUCCGCGACAUCAGAUACUUCCCUGAAGUGAGGAAUCAGAGCGACGAGCUUGCUUUUACACAGAUGAUUAAAAUGGUCAAGGUGCGGCACAAUAAUGUGGUUCCAACAAUGGCUUUGGGAGUGCAGCAGCUGAAAAACCAACUGUGCCGCACAAGGAAGGUUCCCUCUGGAUUCGACGAGAUCCACGAGUUCCUUGAUCGAUUCUACUUGUCAAGGAUCGGCAUCCGCAUGCUGAUAGGGCAGCAUGUGGCUUUGCAUGAUCCUGAACCAGAGCCUGGUGUCAUAGGCCUCAUUAAUACAAGAUUGUCCCCCAUACAGGUGGCUCAAGCUGCUAGCGAAGAUGCCCGUGCUAUUUGUUUAAGGACAUAUGGAUCAGCUCCUGAUAUUAACAUUUAUGGUGAUCCGACUUUUACAUUUCCAUAUGUCGCAUCACACCUCUAUCUGAUGUUAUUUGAAUUGGUGAAGAACUCCCUUCGUGCAGUGCAAGAACGAUAUAUGAAUUCUGAUAAAGAUGUGCCCCCAGUUAGAAUUAUAGUUGCUGAUGGAGAAGAGGAUGUUACUAUCAAGGUUAGUGAUGAGGGGGGUGGGAUACCAAGAAGUGGCCUCCCAAAAAUUUUCACACAUCUGUAUAGCACUGCAAAGAAUCCACCUGAUCUAGAUGGACCUAAUGAAGGAGCAACUAUGGCCGGAUAUGGUUUCGGGCUCCCAAUCAGCCGCCUUUAUGCUCGGUAUUUUGGUGGCGACUUGCAAAUUAUUUCUAUGGAAGGAUAUGGUACCGACGCUUACCUCCACUUGUCACGUCUGGGAGAUUCAGAGGAGCCCCUGCCUUGAUGACUUGAUUUGAUGUGCUGACACGACCCUCUUCCUGUAAUUAGUCUGCCCUUCUUCUUGUAAUAGAAUCCAGUGCUGGUCUGCAAAUAUUGGCCUAAUGGGCCAGCCACCUAUAGCUAUAGUUGGUUGCUACUCCGUAUCUUCUAGCUCUGCUGCAUUGCGAGCACAAGCACUCCUACUUCCUCUGAUCCUUCUUCCAGGUUUCAGAAAAAUAGUAUGAUUAUAAUCUCUCAUCCUCCCAGAAAUUAGCAUUACAAAUGGGCUCUUGGAGCGUUACUGAUAAUCGCAAAGUGCAGUUUAUUCUCAGUAGAAGUUAAUCCCAUCACCUGCAUCGCGUGUUUUACAGAGUCUGCAUUCAGCAUUGUGCAGUAUUUUAAGUUGUACUUAUUAUUUUCAUCAACAAGCAAGGAGCACAUGGAGGUCUCUACAAGGUGUGGUACCAUCCACCUGGACAGAUCAAGCUCUGCUCUGAUGCAUUGCGCCGUGUGAUCAGUCGUGCAGUCUUACAUUGAGCCUAGCUCAAGUUCCCGUGACGGAGAAGCACCGCACUGGAUGUAGACAGGGAUGUCUCAGUCUCAACCAACUUCAGUGACAUUUGCUUCAGCAGAUUAAGCUCUUUGGUCUGCUGCACCCGCGCUGUCUGUGUAAUGUUACCAAUCCUGUGCCUGGAGGAACAUAGUUCGGUUUCCCAGAUAUAGCAAAGCAAAUGCGGAGUAUCACCGGCUCUCACGCCUGGAACCUUCACCAGCAGCUUGUUUGGUUGCUGUAAUGCUGUGGCUGAGAAGAGGUUUGCACGAUGAUUGAACAUCUGAACUCGACAACUGCCCGUUAAACUGAGAAGAUGAAAAGCUUGAAACCGAGCAUGAUCCUUAGCUUUUUUGAGCUCUCAGGUUGCCCCGUCUGCUCGAUCAGUUACGGCAAAAAGGGGCACAGAUACCAAUCUUCUCUACAAACAAAACAGGAAUUAAAAGGAAAGAAGAUGAGUUCCGUCAGUCACUGAGCAAUGGGUCCCAUCCACGUGAUGUGCACGUGCCAGCACCUGAUGGAAAUAGGAACAACAUUCUGCUGGCUGCUGCAGAAGAUCGAAGCUGCAGGGAGUGGCACAGUGCCAGCAGCCGUGGUCCCGUGGAAAGCAGACGGGCAGACGGCAGCCCAACGACCACGAGCGAAGCAAAGCAAACCAGCCAGCAGCUUUCUGCUCGCUCCCCCGCGGUCGCCUCGGUGUAACCCUUGGGAUUUUAGCUUUCCGGUUUUGCCUUUUGACGCGGCGGCAUUGGCUUUGUUUUGCUUUGCUUGUCCUCAGAUGUCGCAGCUUGUUCCUGCCUAAAUGGAAAGUCAUCCACUUGUAAAUUCAUGACUGUACCUCAACAUCUCCCAUCGAUUGAAAAAUCGACAAGGCUUGCAUAUGAGAA